ACAGAGGCUUGUUUGCAGUGAAGGUUAAAGCUGCCUCCUGGGCUCUGCAGACACACUACCUGAGAGAAUGUCAAGUUUGAAGGAGAUAUGCAGUGGUUUACCUCUGGAUCCUUUGCCCCACAAUCAGGGGAGAAAUCCUAAUGUGCCACACGCUCCUGUUCGAACCCCAAACCUCACAGCUCAAGAGGAACGCCUGGCUCUCAGAAAUGCUCUGAGAUAUUUCCCGACCUCCCAUCAUGCAACACUUGCACCUGAGUUUGCUCAGGAGCUCCGUCAGUACGGCCACAUAUACAUGUACCGCUUCUGUCCCACCAUACGGAUGAGAGCUUAUCCCAUAGAUCAGUAUCCCAGCCGCACACGUCAAGCAGCUGCUAUGAUGCUGAUGAUCAUGAACAACUUGGACCCGUCUGUUGCCCAGUUUCCUCAGGAGCUUGUCACCUACGGAGGGAAUGGACAGGUGUUCAGUAACUGGGCCCAGUUCCGCCUCGUGAUGCAAUACCUGAGUGAGAUGACUGAGGAGCAAACUCUGGUCAUGUACAGCGGACAUCCGAUGGGCUUGUUCCCCAGCUUGCCCUCCUCGCCUCGUGCCAUCAUCACCAACGGCAUGGUUGUCCCAAAUUAUUCAUCCAGAGAACAGUAUGAAAAGAUGUUUGCACUUGGUGUGUCAAUGUACGGUCAAAUGACAGCAGGGAGUUACUGCUACAUCGGACCUCAGGGGAUCGUUCAUGGCACUUUGCUGACCGUGCUGAACGCAGGCCGGAGGUACCUGGGCACUGACGACCUGAGGGGCCGAGUCUUCGUGACCUCCGGCCUAGGCGGCAUGAGCGGGGCUCAGGCCAAAGCUGCGGUCAUUGCUGGCUGCGUCGGCGUGAUCGCUGAGGUGGAUGAGGCGCCGCUGAGGAAGAGACAUGAGCAGGGCUGGGUCAUGGAGGUCACCAGCAGCUUGGAGCAAUGCAUUAAACGCAUCAGAGAAGCGAAAAGCACCAAGACUCCUCUCAGUCUGGGUUAUCAUGGCAAUGUUGUAGAUUUAUGGGAAAGGCUCCUGCAGGAGUUCGAGAAGACCGGAGAUCUCCUCGUGGAUCUGGGCUCAGACCAGACCUCACUGCACAACCCCUUUAACGGGGGCUACUACCCGGUCCCGCUCAGCUUCCGCCAGGCCAACCAGCUCAUGUCUACUGAUCCGAACCGCUUCCGGACCACUGUCCAGGAGAGCCUCAGAAGACACAUAAAGGCCAUUAACAAGCUGUCAGAUGCAGGUAUGUUCUUCUGGGAUUAUGGCAACGCUUUCCUCCUGGAGGCCCAACGAGCUGGCGCAGAGGUCACCAAGCCUGGUGGAGGAGUAACGGARUUCCGUUACCCUUCUUAUGUUCAGCAUAUUAUGGGUGAUAUUUUUUCAUUGGGUUUCGGCCCAUUUCGCUGGGUGUGCACAUCAUGUGAUCCCAAAGAUCUGGCUGUAACCGAUGACCUCGCCGCUAAAGUUCUGGAGGAAAUUGCUGCCGGUGUGUCAGAUGGAAUCAAGCAGCAGUACAGUGACAACAUUCGUUGGAUCAAAGAGGCUGGAAAACACAAAAUGGUUGUGGGAUCCCAAGCUAGGAUCCUUUAUUCUGACCAGAAAGGAAGAAUCUGCAUAGCUUUGGCCAUGAACCAGGCUGUCGCUGAUGGAAGAGUCUCAGCACCUGUGGUUAUUAGCAGAGACCACCAUGAUGUCAGUGGCACAGACAGCCCUUUCAGAGAGACCUCCAACGUGUAUGACGGCUCUGCUUUCUGUGCAGAUAUGGCAGUCCAGAACGUUGUCGGUGAUGCGUUCAGAGGCGCCACGUGGGUGGCUCUGCACAACGGCGGAGGUGUUGGCUGGGGCGAGGUCAUAAAUGGAGGCUUUGGUUUGCUGCUGGACGGCUCAGAUGAGGCGGCAAAGCGAGCCAGCCUGAUGCUCAGCUGGGACGUCUCCAAUGGGGUGGCUCGUCGCUGCUGGUCCGGAAACAGGAACGCCUAYGAGACUAUCCAGCGCACCAUGGAGGAGAACAGGCAGCUGUACGUCACCAUGCCCUACCCGGUGCAGGACGAGAAUGUGUUGGACUGUGCCCUGAAGAGCUAACCACCACUUCAGUUUAGAGCAAUUAUAAUUACAGCCAYGAAGCAGAGGAAUCCAGCACCUGCAGUCUCUUCAGUUUGUUUAGCUAAAUGAGGCCUCCUUCAGCAGAUAAAAUGAUGAGAAAUCACCCACAAAGACAUCCAAUACACUGGAAACCUAAACAGUAAUACUGUGCUGGCACUACACUAAAAAAAAUCAAAAUCUUACUAAAAAAGUUAGAUUGUUAAUCUAGAGUCUUGUGUAAUUAUGUUACCAAUUUACUGAGUGUCAGAGCAGAAUCUAACUUCACUGUCUUGAAUCAUUAGCAAAAAUAUUGCUUGUGCUGCAUUCAGAAACAGAGAUCUAUUCCUCAAACAAGCUUGUUUUCUAAUGAAGAUUUUCUAAAGAAAAAGCAUUAUCUGGAACAGGUGGGCGGUGGUUAAAGUGGAAACCCCCCCCCCCCCCCCACCACCACCACCACCACCACCACCUGUAACUACCGAAGUUGCAAAUAAGAGUGCUUAAAUUCUCCUACAGGACAUUUGUGUUUUUAAUGCAAAAGUGCAUUAGUGUUUUGGUGCUAAAAAUAAAAAGCUAUAAAUUAAAA